CCAGUCCUCAAGGUCUUGGUGACGAGAGGGAGGCUGGUUUGACGUGGGAAUGACCUUAGAGUUUUCUGUUGAAUUAUUCUGAUCCUGAUGAGCCGUGCUGAUCCGGAUUAUGGGUCUUGUUUUAGCGCUUCAGCAUAGUUAUCCAAGCACGAAAAUUCCCCUUGAAACCUCUCAACUCCCAUCGGAAUUUGUUGAUCUACAUCACUUACCAACUGAACUUGCUCUUAAUGUUCUGUCGAGGCUCAAUGCCACUGAUUUGUACCUAGCAUCUUGUGUUUGGUAUGAUUUAGCUUACGAUGAAGUGUUAUGGAAAAGUUUGUGCAAAGCCUCAUGGCCUUCUUGCUCGGCGUACAAGAAUGGUGUACUUUAUUCUGAACUAUCAUUCCGUCGAUUGUAUCUUAAGUUGGAUGAGGCGCGUUUGACGUUUAACGCAGAUGCAUUUGAAGGUAUGGGGUACAUCUUCAGAAAUCGUCUUGUGGAUGAUAAAACUGAUGAUCUUGUAGAAUUUUUCCACAAUUCUUCCGGAUUCGAUCCUUUCCAAAAGCGUCGGUUUUUAGAAACGAGACCCCAGGUUUUACGCGGACUGAUGAACUUAAAAGACUUCCGGAACCAUUCGUUACCAUGUGCAUUAAGAGGACUUUUUACUGAACUACCAGCCCCAUCAACUGAACCUAGUGCAUCAGCUUUUAUUCAUCUGUUGGUCAGUUUGUUUUCUGAGAGAUAUACUGAAUGCAAUCCAAACCUCGGAAUCACAAGUGAUAAAUGGUCGGUAAACUGAUUGCAUACACUGUAAUAUUUAUUAUCUAAGGCUCAUAACAUUGUAUAAAAGUGGCGAAAAAACAAACAUUGUGUCAGUUGAUACGUUGAGUAUUUUAUCAUGAAUCUUUUAUUUCAAAAGAAAACUCAUCAUUGAUAUUUCCUCUAUCAUCAUUACAUUGAAAGUUAAAUAUUGUUUCUUUACAUUAUUUUUUAGAAUAUACCUAUUUUAUUUAUCAGAUUGCUGAUUUUUACAAUGUGAACUUUUUCAAAAUAUAUUUAUAAUUG